AUGUCCAAAGCUGCCCUCAAUGCUAGAGCUCAAGUAAUUCGUCUCCUCAUCCCUGCUGGCAAGGCCGCCCCCAGCCCGCCAGUCGGACCUGCGCUCGGUGCCCGCGGCGUAAAGUCGAUGGACUUCUGCAAAGAAUUCAACGCUCGCACUGCGCACAUAGACCCCGGCAUCCCGAUUCCCACAUUGAUCACCGUUCAGCCCGACCGGUCUUUCACGUUUGUGACGAAGAGCCCGCCGACGGCCUACUUCCUCAAGAAGGCCGCCGGGGUGGAGAAGGGCGCCGGAAAGCCUGGUCACGAAGCCGUAGGGACCGUCAGCCUCAAGCACGUUUACGAGAUUGCGAAAAUCAAGGCGACGGAUGCCCAUCUGAAGCACCUCCGACUAGAAGCGAUCGCGAGCACCGUAAUCGGCACGGCGCGGACGAUUGGGAUCCAGGUGGUGGCGUGA